CCAAACCAGUCUGCCAAGGGCGGCCCGAGAGCUGGUGUAGCCUGGCAGCCUUUUCCCUCAGGGAGUAGAGGCUGGCCCUUUGGUGGGGGGUUUGUGGUCAGAGAGUGGGCCCUUGGGAUCUUGGGCUGUCACAGGGACCCCAGAAAGCCAUGCAGAGCCUUGGGCCAUGAAGGACUACUCUGAUGUCAUCCUCUGUGUGGAGGCGACAGGACUGAGCAAGACUGAGUUCUGCAAUCCUGCUUUUGAGCCUGAGUCGGGGCUGCCUUGCCCUCCGCCAGCCUUCCAGGAGGAUGGGAGCUGCAGCAUCCGAGCUCCCUGGCACGGUCGGCGUCCCCGAGUGCUGCAGCCAGACUGCCACUUCUCCUGGCUAUGUGUCCUCCUGCUCGCCAGCCUGCUGCUCCUGCUGCUCGGGCUGCUGGUGGCCGUCAUCCUGGCCCAGCUGCAGGCUGCACCCCCUCCCAGGCCCUCCUACAGCCCCCUGCCUGCCCAAGGCCUCACCACCACCGGCACCACCACCACCUCUCAGGCAACUGCGACCCCUAAAAGGCAGCAGGAGGCAGGCAUGAGCCCCACAGUCCAGUCCACCUGUGGAGGCCUCCUCUCUGGCCCAAGGGGCUUCUUCAGCAGCCCCAACUACCCAGACCCCUACCCCAUCAAUGCCCACUGCGUGUGGCACAUCCAGGUGGCCACAGACCACACAAUCCAGCUCAAGAUUGAAGCCCUCAGCAUGGAGAGUGUGGCCUCCUGUCUUUUCGAUCGCUUGGAAAUCUCCCCUGAGCCUGAAGGCCCCCUUCUCAGAGUGUGUGGGAGGGUACCACCCCCCACACUCAACACCAAUGCCAGCCGCCUCCGGGUGGCCUUCGUCUCCGACAGCAGCGUGGAAGGAUUUGGUUUCCAUGCCUGGUACCAGGCUGUGGCCCCUGGCCAUGGGAGCUGUGCCCAUGAUGAGUUCCCUUGUGACCAACUCGUCUGCCUGCUACCUGACUCCGUGUGCGAUGGUUUCGCCAACUGUGCUGAUGGCAGUGAUGAGACCAAUUGCAGUGCCAAGUCCUCAGGGUGUGGGGGGAAUCUGACUGGGCUCCAGGGCACUUUCUCUGCUCCCAGCUACCUGCAGCAGUACCCUCACCAACAGCUUUGCACCUGGCAUAUCUCAGUGCCUGCUGGAUACGGCAUAGAACUGCAGUUCCACAACUUCAGCCUGGAAGCUCAGGACGAGUGCAAGUUUGACUACGUGGAGGUGUAUGAGACCAGUGGCUCUGGGGCCCUCAGCCUCCUGGGCAGGUUCUGUGGAGCAGAGCCACCCCCGCCCCUCAUCUCCUCGCACCACGAAUUGGCCGUGCUCUUAAGGACAGAUCAUGGCAUCAGCAGCGGGGGCUUCUCAGCCACCUAUUGGGCCUUCAAUGCCACAGAGAACCCCUGUGGGCCCAGAGAGUUCUGCCAGGACGGAGGGUGUAAGGGUCUGCAGUGGAUGUGUGACCUGUGGAGAGACUGCCCAGACAGCAGCAAUGACAACUGCAGCAGCCCCUUGUUCCCACCCCCAGAGCUGGCCUGUGAGCCUGUCCAGGUGGAGAUGUGCAUCGGUCUGAGCUACAACACCACGGCCUUCCCUAACAUCUGGGUGGGCAUGGCCACCCAGGAGGAGGUGGUAGAGGUCCUCAGCGGUUACAAGAGCCUGACAAGUCUGCCCUGCUACCAGAAUUUCCGGAGGCUCCUUUGUGGGCUGCUCGUGCCCCGCUGCACCCCACUAGGCAGCGUCCUUCCCCCUUGCCGCUCUGUCUGCCAGGAGGCAGAGCACCAGUGCCAGUCUGGCCUGGCACUACUGGGCACCCCCUGGCCCUUCAACUGCAACAGGCUGCCUGAGGCAGCUGGCCUGGAAGCUUGUGCCCAGCCCUGACCCUGAAGCCGGCCCCUGCCCUCCGCCCUCUGCCUGCCCACCCUCCUUUGCCAAUCAGGGUGGGCAGGCAGGGGAGCCAAGGAAGGGGACCUCAGGCACUCUGCCCAUCCUCUCAGGGGCCUCCUAGGGAGGGGAAGGAGGAGUCACCCGCUAAUGGGACCCUCCUCCCUGCUCCUUCCUUGUCCCCUAUUUGCCCCAGCUGCUCAGGCUGCUGACCUAGCCCCCCCCCACCCCCCUACCACUGGACAAUCCCAUCCAGGUCUCCUUCCCAUCCAGGUCUCUCACAGAGAUUUCCCAUCUUCUGCCUUCCCCCUUUUCAACUGCUUUUUCACAUUCUUUGUCACCUGCCUUCUGACUUUUUCACUCAUACAACAAAAAUGUCCUGAGUGCCUGCUAAGGUGGCAGGCCCUGUUCUAAGCCCUGGGGAUCCUGUUGACUAUCUGCCUCUAGAACUCUCCACCGCAGUUCUCUGCGUGUAUUUCUUCCUAGACUAGGUUCUGGUCC